UUGAGUAGUAAAACGUUAAGCGAGUUUUAGCGGAAUAAUUCGAUGCAUUUGUUUAUUUUUUUGCAAAAUUUUCCGCUAGACCGGUAAAAGAUGGAUUCAGAAAGUCAAGGGGAUGUUCCAGAAGAUCUUUUCAAAGACGUUACAUUCUACAUAGUGGGAGAAAUCUCGGAAAAUGUAGUGGGUCUGCUCACCAAGUACCAGGGUAAGCGUGACACGUACCUGAGCGAGAUGGUGAGUCAUGUGAUAGCCGACGACGUGGACAACCACGAGUACCAGGAGGCCAGGGAGCUAUUUGAGUUGCCCUGUGUGAUGAGUGAAUGGGUUACCUUGUCUGUCUUGUGCAGAAAACAACUGGAUAAGGAUCUAUUUGCUCCAGAGUUCAGAUUAUUUUCCGGAGUUGUGGCUUGUGCUUCCAAGUUAGAAGAGAAGGACUGGCUGUCUCUGUGGGGCAUGAUCGUCUUCAACGGGGGCCGUUGUCAAGGCAACCUGACCAGCAGCUGUACCCAUCUGAUUACUGCCAGCACGCAAGGGCCUAAGUAUGAAGAAGCCUGCAAGCAUGACAGCAUCAAGGUUGUGACUCCAGACUGGGUGACAGAGAGCAUUACCAAGGGAGAGAAGCUGGAUGAAACUGUCUACCACCCUAGAUGGAUUGUCUAUCCUAAACCACCCUCACCUCCAAAACCAGAGAGCCCGCCCAAAGCCAUAGAACCAAUGGAGAAGCAAUCCGGUCGGCCAGGUUCGACCCCUGACCUUAACCGCCUGCCAGUGCCCCAGGUUACCAUGGAGAGGAGGUCACCCACAGAGAUGGGGUCACGACCUGGCACCCCUGGCAGUGCCAGUACUAAAGAAGCCCUUGCCAAGCUGGUAAUUAACAGAAAAAUGGACGGUCCACCUAUCCCUCGUCCCUCAAUGCCAGUCCACAGUGGUCAGAUGGGCCCCUACCACCUUCCCCCGGGCCACCCUGGUCACAACAUGGGUCCCAGGCCCGGCAUGCACCCAGUGCGAGCACCUCCCCUGCCGCAGAUGUACCCCCAAGGCUCUCAGGGUGGGCAGGGCAUGCACCCAGGACAGCAGAUGGCUCAAAGAAUGCAUCUUCCUCACGGUGGAAUGCCACCGCAUUCCCAGCAGCAACAGCAGCAGCAACAACAACAACAUCAGCAGCAACAGCAGCAGCACAUCCGUCAUCAGCAUAUGGCCCAGCAACAACAGCAAAUGCAACAUCAACAACAGCAAAUGCAGCAGCAUCAACAGCAUAUGUCUCCGGAGAAACAGCAGCAGCUUAAUCAGCAGCAACAGUUCAUGCAACAGCAGCAUCAGAUUCAGCAAAUGAAUCAACACCAGCAGCAGCAGUUGCUACAACAACAACAGCAGUUGCUACAACAACAACAUCAACAAGGAAAGUUGAGAAAUAUAACAAAUAACUUUGAUAUUGAUAAACACAACCAGCCUCCGCAGCAACAGCAUCCAAAUGUGUUACAUCAGCAGCAGCAGCAACAGCAGCAGCAGCAGCAACACAUGCAGCAGCAAAUGAAAAUGGCGACAUCACCAGCACAACACAUGCAUCAACAGCAACAACAAAUGAAGCAGGCUGGGGCACAACAACAAAAGAUGGGCUUCCCAGGUGGUACAUCACCUCGGCAACCACCUCCAUAUUUCCCACAGCAACAGCAAACGUCUUGGCCAACAUACGUAGGUCACGAUCCUAAUGAAAACAUACCACCAGAACAGUGCUUGCUUGGUUGUGUGUUCUACAUCACUGACUAUCCAAAGAUUGUUGGCAUGGAACAAAUAGCAAUAUGGAAAAAGGUGAUUGAACAGCACGGAGGUCAAGUGGACCCUUCCUACUCUAACAGAGUGACCCACGUGCUAUGUGCAAACCAGAAAACGGACGUCUACCAACUGGCUUUACGAGACCAGCGACGCAUGGUAACAGCAUUCUGGCUCAACGAUGUUCUGCUGAAGAAGAAAAUGCUUCCCCCAUGGCAGGCCCUUCAUCUGCCGCUCCUUCAUAGUGAAGAUGGACAGCGUCCUUGUAGUGACCAGAUCAUCAGCAUAACCAACUUUGAUGGGGACGAUCGCACACGAGUGAAACAAAUGAUUAGCGCUCUGGGUGCUGUGUACACGGGAUAUAUGACACGGACAAACUCUGUACUAGUGUGCAAAGGACCAGAAGGUGUGAAAUACAAGAAGGCUAAGGAAUGGCAGAUACCUGUUGUGAACGUUCGCUGGUUAUCCGACCUCAUUCUUGGACAGAUGGAUGCACUGAAGCUACCCAUCGCCGAGAAAUACAAGACUGUAACCAAGGGAGACGAGUUUCAGAUGGACUUGAUCAAGGUCCAACAUCUUUUGGUGGCCUGGAGAACUCCUCUGAAAGUCUCCAAGGAUCUUAUGAAGAAGUGCUUAGCAAACAUGAAGAAGGCUCAACCAGUUGGGCAGGAAAACAUGCCAUCUCCCAUGAAGAUUCCAAAACUGGAGAAGGAGGACGGCCCCCUGGAUCCCAGUUUUGCAGGACCCAGGGUGCUGUUCACUGGCUUCCCCAAGUCCCUAGUCACCCACUAUCAGACUAUGGUGAACCAGUUGGGAGGCCAGGUGGUGGAGAACCCCCAGGUGUGCACCCACAUGGUGGCCAAGUCAUUCUCACGCACCAUCAAGUUCUUCAUAGGCAUCAACGUUUGCCAUCACAUUGUCACCGCCCACUGGGUGGAGGAGAGUCAUCGCCAGGGGAAAUUCCUGAGUGAGAUGAUGUUCCCUCUAGUAGACAUGGAAGGAGAGAAGGAAGUGAAAUGUUCACUGGCAGAGUCAUUGAAGAGGGCACGAAACUACCCUGUGUUUGCUGGAAUGACAUUCUACAUCACCCCAAGUGUUCAGCCGCCUGUGUCCGAUCUCAAGAAGAUUAUUGAUAGUGCUGGAGGAAGCCUUGCCAAUAAUAGAAGACUUGCGGCUAAAACCAUUGAGACCUUAAAAGAUGACCAGGGUCAUCCUACCUACCUUGUCAUCACCUGUGCCAAUGAUAUUCACCUGUGUACUGAUCUACUUCUGAAAAACAUCAAAGUGUACACCCCCGAGUUCAUACUGACUGGUGUCAUGAGACAAACCAAAGACUUCCAGAGUUUCCAGUUGGAGGUGGAAUGCUGAGAGGUCAAGGUCAUUGUAACUGAAGGCUAUGGGUCAGCAGCAGCAUGCUGAGAGGUCAUUGUCAUUGUAACUGAAGGCUAUGGGUCAGCAGCAGCAUGCUGAGAGGUCAAGGUCAUUGUAACUGAAGGCUAUGGGUCAGCAGCAGCAUGCUGAGUGGUCAAGGUCAUUGUAACUGAAGGCUAUGGGUCAGCAGCAGCAAACAGAUGUCUCUUGAAUAUAUUUGUAAACAAUUAAAUAUAUUAAUCUUAAAUUAAUAUUUCCAAUCAAAUGUGAAGUUCAGUUGUAUACCAAUAUUGUGACAAUCAAAAUGGGUCUAACAGGAAUUAAUUAUUAUAAUCAUGUUUUCUUUUUGUGCUUUUUUUCAAAAUAUUGUUACCCAUGAUUUUGUUUAAAGAUCAAUUAAGUCAUAAAUAAUAAAUGAUAAAAAAAUCACAAAAUCAUUUUUCAUUAAAUAAGGACCCUUUAUUGACAGUAUAAAGGCAUAUUUGUUUUGUUCAAUAGAUUGUGUUCAGCCUAUACCUGUGUAUUUUACAUCAUGUUUACAUUAUCAUUGAUGUAUGUUUAGUUUGUGUUUGUGUAUCACAGUUGUGAUAAAUAAGUAUAAACUGUGAAUAGAAUACCAAGUUUGGGGUUGUUGAUCUACUUCAGUACAUUUUGUUGUUCUGUAUACAGGUUUACAGAGAUAUUUUUAUGCCCCCGGAUCGAAUAAUCAGGGGUAAAUUGUUUUUGGCCUGUCUGUCUGUCAUUGUAUGUGUCUGUCUGUCCCAAAACUUUAACCUUGGUCAUAACUUUUGCAAUGUUGAAGAGAGCAACUUGAUAUUUGGCAUACAUGUGUAUUUCAUGAGUGGUGAAAGGUCAAGGUCAUCCUUCAAGGUCAAAGGUCUUUUUUCAAAAAUAGCUGCUGUGCAGCUUCAAAGUGGUGCCAUAGGGGGCAUUGUGUUUCACAAACACAGCUCUUGUUGUUUAAAUGGCCUACUUUACAAAGGGAAUUGAAAUGCAUGUGCUUUUUAUAUGUUUAUACAAAUGUAUGUGUAAAUAAACACCUUUUACCGAA